AUGCGCCUGCUCCACCCUUACGCGUCUGACAUCCUCACGGGGGUGCUUCUCUACUUGAGCACAGUGGACAAGCUGAUAAAGAAGACGAACCUGGCUCUGGUGGUGGGGAGCAGCAGCUGGAGGGAGCAGUUUGUUAGUGCUGUCACUGUCAGUGCAGGUAACGACGACGAGGAAGACAGCGGGGAGGAGCGCCUGCCGUCCUGCUUUGACUACAUUAUGCACUUCCUGACAGUUUUCUGGAAAGUCCUCUUCGCUUUUGUCCCCCCCACUGAGUACUGGAAUGGCUGGGCGUGUUUCUUUGUGUCCAUUUCUCUCAUCGGCGUCCUGACAGCUGUGACCGGGGACCUGGCCUGUCACUUCGGCUGCACCGUCGGGCUCAAGGACUCGGUCACCGCCGUGGUGUUUGUGGCCCUCGGCACCUCUGUACCAGAUACAUUUGCGAGUAAAACGGCUGCCAUCCAGGACCAAUACGCUGACGCCUCCAUCGGCAACGUGACGGGCAGCAACGCCGUCAACGUGUUCCUGGGUAUCGGGGUGGCGUGGACCAUCGCCGCUGUUUACUGGAAGUCCAAAGGCAAGGUGUUCAAGGUGGACCCGGGCUCGCUGGCCUUCUCCGUCACCGUGUUCACCGUCAUGGCGCUGGUGUGUGUGGUGGUGCUGGUCUACCGCCGGCGUCCCAGCGUGGCGGGCGGAGAGCUCGGGGGCCCACGGACACCCAAGCUCCUCACCUUCUUCCUCUUCCUCUCCCUCUGGUUCAUCUACAUCCUGUUGUCCUCCCUGGAGGCUUACUGCCAUGUGCCUGGCUUCUGAGGUGGAGGGAAACACAGAGCGCCUCCUCUCCUUGUUUCUACAGUCUACUGAACGUGUUUACUUUCGGUUUUUGUCUAUUUUCACAAAUGUUUAUAAAUCUUUGUAUCAUUAGUUAUUAUUGAUACCGCGCAAUAGGUUAUUUGAUUGACUUUGAAUCGUUGGACUUUGGAACUUUGCUAUGCUGUUAUAUAUAGAUUUAGCCACUGAAAUUAAAAACACUAUACAUUGGAUAUUGAUCCAAUCAUUGCUUUCAGCAUUAACGGCAUCCAACUUUCUGUCGCUUAAAACUUCUGCCAUCGUGUCCUCUCUCUGUGUGGACAAUUAUUUUAGUUUGUAGUGUUAAGAAAGCACAAGAUUUAAGCAGUCUGGAGUGAGGUAUUUGUGUGUUGAUAUUUAUUACUCAAUCUCUACAUUAAUUACUCAUUGUGUAUCAUCAAAAAGAUGAACAUUGUGCGUGGGAGUUUUGUGUGUGUGUGUGU